UGACUCCGCACUACACACUCGCUCAUCUCUUACUUCCUCCUCCUCUCCACAAUAAGCCAUAGCCAUGUCUUCUCCUAACCCUAAUCUACCCACUCUCAACACCCUCAAACCCGACCCGUUAACACCCUUCAACCGCCUCCACCUCCUGCUCUAUUCCUUCUCCCUCCUCCUCCUCUUCUACCACCACCUCACCUCCUCCUCCCCUCUCCUCCUCAUCCUCUCCGACCUCAUCCUCGCCUUUCAAUGGGCCUUCACCCAGGCCUUCCGCUGGCGUCCCAUCCGUCGCCGAGAAUUCCCCGAUCGAAUUCCCGACGACAAUCUUCCCUCCCUCGACGUAUUCAUAUGCACGGCCGACCCUUGGAAGGAGCCGCCGAUGACCGUCGUUAACACUGCGCUAUCGGUUAUGGCGUAUGAGUAUCCUCCGGAUAAGAUAUCCGUGUACGUUUCGGACGAUGGGGGCUCGGACUUGACGCUGUUUGCUUUCAUGGAGGCUGCUAAGUUUGCCAGGUACUGGCUGCCCUUUUGCACGGAGAACGGGAUUGUUGAAAGAGCUCCGGAGGCUUAUUUUGGAUCCAAUUCUGUGAGUGGUUCUGGCUCUGACGAGGAGAUAAAGAUGAUGUACGAGAAAAUGAAAGAAAACGUUGAGAAUGUGAUGGAGAAGGGUUAUGUUCGUAGUGAUCAUUUGGAAAACAAUGCUGAAGAAUGCGAUGCUUUUAAGAAAUGGAAGAGCUACACCCGUCGCGAUCAUCCUGCAGUUGUCCAGGUGCUAUUAGAAAGUAGCAAGGACUUCGAUAUUAUGGGCCAUUCAAUGCCGAACCUUAUAUAUGUCUCCAGAGAGAAGCGGCCAACAACUACUCAUCACUUCAAGGCUGGUGCUCUGAAUGCUUUGACGAGAGUGUCCAGUAUAAUGUCCAACUCACCAGUCAUCCUAACUCUGGACUGCGACAUGAGCUCGAACGACCCACAAACCCCACGACGAGCCCUCUGCUACAUUUUGGACCCCGAAAUCGCACCCAAACUCGCGUACGUGCAGUUUCCGCAGCGCUUUCGAGGGCUAAAUAAGAAUGAUAUAUACGGCAGUGAGAUCAAGCGCUUGUUCCGGAUAAACCCGCGAGGCCUUGAUGGGCUACGGGGCCCGAAUUAUGUUGGAAGUGGAUGCUUCUUCGUUCGACGCUCUCUCUAUGGGCCACAAUCACCUGGACCCAGCCCAUUUCCUUCCGAUCUGAAGUGGUUUUUGAUGACCGAUGCUAAUCGUGGUUCAAUGCGUUCUGAGUCCGUUCUCAAAAGGGCACACGAAGUUGCUGGUUGUAACUAUGAACUUGACACAAAAUGGGGAGACAAGAUUGGAUUUAGAUAUGGGUCAUUAGUAGAGGACUAUCACACUGGAUAUCGGAUGCAAUGUGAAGGUUGGAUAUCCAUAUUUUGCGAUCCUGAGAGGUAUGCAUUUUUAGGCGAUGCGCCAAAAAAUUUGAAUGAUGCGCUGAGCCAGUGCAAGAGAUGGGCGGUAGGGCUCCUGGAGGUGGCCAUCUCAAAGUAUAGUCCCCUCACAUUCGGUAUAAGAAAUUGCUCUCUACUAAUGGGCAUGGGCUAUGCGCACUAUGCAUUCUGGCCACUUUGGUGUAUUCCCCUAAUAACUUAUGCUCUCCUGCCUCAGCUAGCUCUCAUCUUUGGUGUGCACCUCUUCCCAAAGCUGUCAGAUCCUUGGUUUUACUUGUACGCUUACCUCUUCGUGACCGCAUAUUCCCAAGAUCUCAUAGAAUUUCUCAUGGACAACGGCACAAUCCAAACAUGGUGGAGUGACCAAAGAAUGUGGAUGAUCAAGGGAAUGACAUCCUUUGCUUCCGGAACCAUUCAAUUCAUUAUGAACCAAACGGGGAUCUCUGCUCCCGGUUUUACUCUCACAAACAAAGCGACGGAAGAAGGACAAAAUGAUCGUUAUGAUAACGGGGUUUUCGACUUGGGCGUAUCUUCACCUUACUUUGUAUUGCUUGGGGCAGCGGCUGCGUUGAACUUGAGCUCCUGUAUGUUGGGGGUUUUGAAGGCAACGAGUAGAGAGGACUUUUUCUGUAAAAUGUUCGUGCCGCUGUUCCUGUCGGCGUUUGGAGUGGCGAACUGCUGGCCGAUCCUUGAGGCCAUGUUUUUGAGAAAAGAUGGAGGCAGGAUGCCGAAAAAUAUUACCGUCGCGUCAAUUUUGGUUGCGGGGGUCAUUUGCAUGUUCGGAUAUUUUGCGCUCGUAGGCUGAGGCUGGAUUUAAAUUUCUCUUUUGUGGAGGGUAGUAUCAACCAAUAUAUUAUUAGAAGGUAAAAGUUACCAAUGUUUGAGUUGAUCGGAUCAACGUAUUAAUUAAGUUUAUGCUUCAGAAUGAUUUCAGUACCAAGAAUAAAUGUCUGUUGCCCUAUGUAGUUCAUCUCUUUGGUUUCAUAAAGUUGAGAUAUUACUGAGCGGAAUCCUCUGUUUCUUUGGAAGAUAUGUCGACCUUGGAUCUUGAUUC